AUGGUUGGGGAAGGGGCAGGGCCGAAGAGAAGACGGGAGAGACAAUGCGAGGGGGGCAAAGCGGAGGCGGGAGCCGACAAUCCCGCAGAGACAACGAGAAAAAGAGGGGACACCGAGGAAGCGGCGCGGACCGAGGGCCGCGGAGCGCACCCAGCCAGCACGCAGAAGGCAAAGGAACCGGAGAAGGCACCGCAGAAAGGAGCAAAAGUAGCAGCAGGAGCACCGCAAAAACGCCCCCGCGACGCCACCACCAAGCCGGGUGGGGCCGGGCGGCGAAAGAAGAAAAAAUCCGCGAGUUGGGUCGAGUUCGGUGCAGGAGACGAGCUGGUAACAAUAGGGAAAAAGCGGAGCAACACGCUUAGCGGGGGAAGGACGGGGAGCGAGAAAGCUAUCCGGACGUAG